GUCAGGAGUUCUCAUCUCCUCGUUGCGGACGACCGGGCGAUGCGGGGACUCCUGAUACGGCAAGUGAUGUUGGUCCAGGAGAAGAUACACCACGACCAGCAAACGGCGGGCACGAUUUUAGUAGUGCCAGCAAAUCGUCGUCCUCGUCCCCGCUAGUAGUCGUGGCAGAGGGCGAGCAGACGGAAAGGGAAACACCAUCAUCUCCUGGAGAGAGCGAUCCUGAUCUGCUUCUGGAUGAAGAAGCCUCUGGUGCUCGUGGUCCUCUCCAUCGCAGCUCCUCCUACGUCGCCCGUGCGCAGCAGCUCCGGCGGGGCGGCAGUUCUGGCACAACGGGCAGCCGCACCAGUAUGAGAGUGGUGCACAACUGCUCCCUCUUUCCUUCAUUUGUAUUGCAUGCAUGGCAAGAACAGAAGAAUGUUGGUUCCGCAUCACAAAUCUGCACACGAAUUUUAGUACUGUCUGACAGGUUCCAUGUCAUGCGGACAGUGCUUAAAGACAGGAGGGGGAUUCGGUAUUUUGAUUUUGCAUAUACAAGUGCGAGGGAGAGGCGGGGGUCGAGUUGUGCACUACUUUCAUAACCAGCUCUGGUUGUGGUCGUCGAGGAGUUCUUGCAGUUGGUUCUCUGGCCGUCGGAGGAGACGAUCUUCUGGGAGGAGGGGCACCAGCUCACCACCUGCCGGAACCUCCGACGCCAAGGGUGCUAGAAAUUUUGAACGACACGGCUUCCUCCCCCGCUUCCGGCGCAUCACCUACCUCUUUAAUAAGGGCAGAAGUUGUAGACGUAGUAGAGCACCCACCUCCACCUCCUGCUCCUCCUGCUAUAGCUGGUGAAGACGUUGUUGAAGAGGACGUUAAGCGAUCACCUUUUCUGGGUCAACAUCAGAGUAGAGACCACCACGACGACGACCUGGACCACAAAACAAGGAUCAACGCAGAGGAGGACAUCGCGAUCCGGACCGUUCCGGGGCAGUUCAACCGUCCGGCCGGGGAAGACGUUUUCGGGGAGUGCGGAGACGACGAAGUUCCAGAUGAUGUUCGGCUCUCAUCUAUCCUCCGUGAAACUGUUGAAAUAAACGUCGUCCCACGACCCGAGAUGUGUCAAAAAUGUGCAUGAAUCAAACCAAAAUGAAAUUUCUCUUGCGCAGCCACAUGAGAAGCGGUUUUGAAUGCUCGUCGUUUCUGGGAGUUUGCAAAAAAAAAGGUUAAGGUUUGUCAACAUACUAGACCUAGAGGCAGGACGACGGCGAGGCGAUUGAUUUGUGAUGCCGCGCCCGCAGCUAGUACACUCGCUAGUAUUAGAACGAUUACAUUACGAGCCCAAGUUUGAUGUCAUGCGCGAAAACCACAGGGUGUUCUGUUGCGUUGAUGGUUUGUGUAGCAAAAUUAAAUACGUACUCAUCUCCGUGGCGGGGAAGUUUUUGCGCAGGAUAUCAUCGUCCGCUUUGGUGUUUCAUCCACGACAAGUUGGGGAGAACGAAGCAGCGGGCACUCUUCACGUCACACAGAAACAAGGGGAUCCAGACCCAUCCCUUCCAGCUCGCAGCUCUUGCCCAGAGGAAGAGUUACCACAACCUACGUCGACGAGGACCCUUCUAGAAGAGCCAGCUGUUGGCGUGUUGAAGGAAGAGCAUCACAGGCUAGAAAAAGGUGAACAGGUAGUGGAAAAUGAUGCAAAAGCACGACGUGCUGACGCUUGUGAAGAGGACCAAAAAGCGAUCGUGCGCGGCGAUGAAGGACCACAGCAAAUUGACACGCAGCAAGUGCAGCAGCGACAGGAGAUGCUGAGCCAGGACAAAAUUAGUCUUCAGCAAGCGAUGUUUAUGCAAGAAAAAAACUGUCGUGCAAGUACUCAAGUUUCACUUUGUGUUGCGGUUGCGGACGAUGCAAGAUGUUGACAGGAGUCACACCUGUGGUCAUUGUUCUGGAUGUGCAUGAUCUCCAUAGGCUCGCUGCUUCAUGCGUCGUGUAGUUCUUUUGAUUUACUAGCUGCGCAUGAAAAAUAUGAAAAUUCUAAUUCAAAACAAAUUGGUGAUGCUGUUUAGUUUACCUUACAUACAUUACAAAAGUGACGCUUGCAGCAUGCUUUUUUUCGUGGAUAACGUUACUGAGCGAAACAAAAACGACGACCACCACCUGGACGAUAGGUGAGACCGCGCGGAC